GAGUGAAAGUGAAAGCCAUCGACAUAAAUAAUCCCUAACAAAGCUACUAUAUAACCAGUCGUGGUGAUCUGUGUCUGCGCUCAUUUCAGCUUUACGGAACCAACAUGACUACUUAUCCACUGGGUCUGUCUUUGCUGCUGUCUCUAGGUUUGUGCCUGGCGUUGGGCAGAACCAUCAGAGAGAACCACGUGGAGGUCACCUGCCCCUCAGGUCAGAACUGCACCCUGCGCUGCACCGCUGAGCCCAAAGAUGGGGUCCAGUACACCGCAGUCAGGUGGUACAAGCUCGAACACCCAUCAUCUCAGGAGAGCGGCUUGCUGACAAGAAAUCUCCCCGAUGGGCCCACGAGGUGGUACUCUGGUGCUGACACGAACGUGAAGCUGCAUGGUGAUUCGCGUGAUAUCGUCCUGCCUAAUGUGACGUGCAGCGACAGCGGCGUUUUCAAAUGUUACCUGGCUGCACCUGUGGGAGAGCAGAACCGGGAGGGGAAGAUUGUCCUCAAUCUCUCAGAUUGUCCCGUUCAACCAUUGGAUUUACUUACUGAUACUGACCUCACAGAAAAGCCUGUCGACUCUCCAGAUUACAAGAUUACAGACACUUGGCUGCUCAUGUCUGCUGCAGCAAUGCUGAUAGCAGCAUUUGUCAUUUUCCUAAUAAGCUAUAACUGCUUGAAGCAUACCCUCAGAGAAAAAGGCAAGAUUGUGAAAAAGGAAAUCUUAUUGGACGCUCCUCUCAAACCCCUGGAGACGAAGGACCUAAUGCUGAUUUAUACUUUGGGUCCAAAAACACCCAAAAUACAGCACGUCUGUGUGUGAAAAUCGUCUCAGGAUUAAGACACGAUAAAGAAUCCCUCAUUAGGAGACUCUACGAUGCUCGGUCUGAGAACAGGAAGUGCUCUAGCGCGAAGGGCCGACGAGAUAACGCAGGUCCGGCCUGCAUGUUGACCUCCUGGCUGUGAAGGUGCCUUGGGAGCAAAUGGCAAGAAAGGAUUGGGCGAUCGCUGUCACCGCAAAACCUGAAGGCAGAAAAGUCCUUUUCUAAAGAGCUACAUCAGCAGCUUCUGUUACUAAUGGAUCUUCCUGUUUACAAUGACCACAUGUUAAAGUUCUCAGUGCAGUUACACUUGUUCAUGACUUCAUACAUAAAUGUAUGAAUGUAUGAAUAAAUUGCAGCAUGUCUGCUUUUUUUGUGAAAAAGCAGACAUGCUGCAACAACAUUAACAAAUCACACUAGUCCCUUGUUUCUGCGCUUUCUGCCGCUGCUGCAUCUUUUUACUUUAAGAUGUUCCAAUGGUUUAAUGCCUUUUUUGUAAGUUGAGUUAAUUAUUGCUAAAAGCUGAUGACUGAGCCAUCACAUGAGGCUAUUGAAUAAUUGAAAACCAGGAAUUUUCUUUUCUUUUUUAUCUCAAAGUUUUGUAUGCUUUCAUUUUAUUUAUUAAAUAAUUAACUGAAUCGAAACACUUAUUUUUAGAAGUGUUGUUUGUUUUGGCUUUAGCUUAUUUGUGAAACCUAGUUUACACUAAAACAAAUUUACAAAAAAGUGCAAAUUUAGUUUAAUCUUAAUGUUGCUGACACUAAUGUCAACAAUGGUUCGGUUUUAGGGAUGGAUUCUAUUACUGUUUGGCUCUUACAAAUGAUAACCUGGUGCGUCCUGUGUGGGUGGAAACGUGAACCAGCAUGCUCUAUGAAACCAGGAAGUGAAAAAGAAUUAAGCUAACUCGUUAUUCCUAUUUAACGAAAGUUGUGGGUGCUGCAAAUUUCUCCUUGGGGCAUUUCAUGUCUUCACCUUUUUUAAAAAUAAAUAUCAGCUUUCAUAUCACAUGUCCCAGUGAGGAACCAAAACCAUGUUUUACAUCCUGAUUUAUAAAGUAGAUGAAGCUUCAAAACUUCAGAGAUUAAGCAGACUUGAGGCAAUAAAAAAAGAGGAAAAAUUAGAUGUUUAGGUGAAGCAUAAAAAAGAAAGUCUGUUUGCAAAAACAAGAAGUCUGGUAAAACGUCAAAGUUCUGUUAGAGAAAGCUGUUUGUACAUGUAUUCUGAAAACUGAAAUAUGUUUUUUGAACCGCGAGUCACCCCCUACCAGAGUCUUACUCCACUCCCACUUUUUGUUUGAAAAAGGCAACAAAUGUUGUUGCCUCGCAGACCGAGAGCACGGAGUCGCUAACAAAUACACACACACAGCCUCACAACAACAUUGUGACAUCACAAUGUACCAGCUAACGUCAUAGUGUACCUCACCAAUAGUGAUUGAAGAUUUAAAUUCAAAUGCAGUGCAGAGUUUUUACCUGAAGAUGGUACAACGCUGACAGUUUUAGGCACACUAUUUAAAUUUGAACUAAGAUGCACCAAAGCGCCAAAUUAUUGACUACACAUGUCUAAAGCACGAGAUACUCAUUUGUAUAGUUUAUCAGCAAAAAAUAGUUGAUUUGGGGGUGAAUUUGCUCUUUAAUGUUAAUAUAAGUUAUAACAAACCAAUUACAUGUUUUUUACAUGUGUUUUGUGUCUUGUUCAUCACUCCUAAAAAUAAAUAUUCACUUUUUGUUUCUAAAUUCUGUGAAACACUUUUUAGUGAUGCAAUAAAAACUGUUAGGCA